GAUCUCGCCCCAUGGCCACUCGCAGGAGGACUGUGUGAUAAGGGUUUGCUCCUGCCUGAACUACUGCGACCUGCCUGUGGGCAAUCUGGCUUCCAUCCUCUACAUCAUGAUCGGCACUGACUCCACGGCCAUGAUCAGACCAAAGGUCAUGACCACGUUCCUCGACAAGCGCCACUACCUCUCUGACUACCCGGGCAUGACAGUGCCCCGGCGGAGCAGCUCGCCAAGCCGUUGGCCCAAGCAGAUUCGUGCACCAACCCCGGAUCGCAUCAUCCCAGCGGCCGAGCGCCGAGAACGAAGUGCAGAGGACAAGGCCGAUCCGCUCGUUCUCUUCCCCGCGUACAAGGCCUGCGCGCCGAAAAGGGCGCGCCCAGGAUCAACCAUACCGGAUGGCAGGCGUCCAGUUCCAGGCUAG